AUGCAGUCACUGGCUGGUUUGCUCCACACAUGGCAAUGGCACGUCAGCCUCGUCCCAGCAGAAAUCACAAAAAUGCUCACCGCAAGGUCCGCAUUUGUCAAUGGAAUGAGCGCAGCGUUGUCAGUGGUGGGCUUUGGCCGUGCCUCUCCCGAAGAGUUGGGUUUUGAUCCCGAAGUUCUGGAGAUGCAUAAGCAGCGAAUCAAGACACACCAGGAGAAUGGUGUUUUUACUGGAUUCGCCGAGGGUGCUCUUUCCGAUGGCAAGAUAGUCUUUCUCAAUCUAUGCGGGUUUACGGACAAGACGAAGAAACAUAGAAUGACUGAGCGCACACUGUUUCGAGGGUACUCGAUGAUGAAACCUAUCACAGCAACAGCCUUUAUGUCUUUAGUCGAUGAUGGAAUGUUAAAGCUCGACGAUCCGGUCCACAAGUUCAUUCCCAAAUUCAAGUUCCUAAGAGUCAAGAGAGGCAAAAAAACAGAGCCACUGCGCAAGACAAUGACGCUGCGACACUUGCUGAUGCACACGUCUGGUAUUGGCUAUGGGCCUGGUGCUAUUACCCCAGGUGUGCCUUUGGUGGCCAGAUCCCCGGAGGAGAAGCUUUACAAAGCCGUAGCUGUGAAGCAAGAAACAGGAGAGGUGGACUCCUUGGAGAAGCUUUGCGAGGAAUUGUGCAGUUUGCCUUUGCUUUUUCAACCGGGCGCAGACUAUACUUAUGGGAUGAGCCUGGAUGUGCUCGGCUACGUCGCUCAGAAAUGGUCUUUCCUUCUUGGUUUUUUCCUCCCUGCUUUUGACCUUCUCAUGGGAAAACAGUAG